CGACGCGAAGCUAGAGAAGUCGAAGUCACCGUGUGUGUGUGUGUGUGUGAGCGUGUGUGCGCGCGCGCGCGCGCGUAUGUGUGUGUGUGUGUGUGUGUGUGUGUGUGUGUGUGUGUACGGCAAGAAAACCAAAAGACCAACGAUGCCAUAUACGGUUGCGUAAAACGGCGUACAAUUACGACAAGGGAACUGUGAGUCUGUUUCACGUGGAAAAAAAUAAUAAAUAAAUAAAUAUAUAUUCUUAUCAUUUAAAAAAAAUGCUUUUUAUUGAUAUCAUACGCUUUGGGGUUGAUAAACAGUAACCCUCAUAAUAAUCGAUUGCGGAAUAAAACGUUACGACUUUAUUUCCGUGUCCAUGCAUUGCUUUCUCUGGGAACGUCGACCUCUCCAACAUGGCCGACAGGUAGGCACGUUGGUAAGCCGGGCUGUUUCACUUGCGCCAUCAUAUCUAUGGGUAGAUUGCCUAAUUUGGCUUCUUGUUUGGUGCGUCAUUAUAAGGCGCCGGUUACGUUUGCGCAUGCGCAUAUGACCGUCCCGCUCCAUUUUGGCUCGCCUUCUUCUUCCAACAAGCGGCGGCUACCGUGGGGGUAGCGGAAGCCAACUGUCUUCUUUUCGUCUAAGUUCCGUGUUGAUAAAGCGUGGAUAGCAUAAUAGUUGUCGCGCGUGCUUUUCGUCUCAACUGCGAGCCGUCUUCGUCUGAAAAAUGGACGGAGAAGAGGACGACUUCAUGUCCGGGAGCCACUCCGACGACGGAGGCGGAACUCCAGUCCAGGAUGAACAUCUGGCAUCAGACGGCGAGGACGCGAGCAGCAACAAACAUCGUUCUGAGGACGAGGGCAGCGACGACGAGGACGCGUCCUACGACAAACGCCGGGAAGACAGCGAGUCCGACGACGACGACGCCCGGCGAGACGCCGGCAGCGACUCUGAGGCGGAAGCGCCCGUUCGCCGCCGCGACGACGACCGGGGGAGCGGCUCCGACGAGGAACCUCCGAGGACCGCCGUCAGCGACGACGACUCUGUGGGCAAACGCGGGAUGAGCGCGUCAGCGGACGAGGCGCCGGUCAAACGCGCCGCCUCGGACGACGAGGAGGGCGAGGCGUCCUCCUCCGCCCGGCGCAGAGGGAGCGGCUCGGACAGGGAGGAGGACGGAGGCCCGGCGGCGGCGGCGGCGAGCGACUCUGACAACGAGGACGCCAAAGCCAAAUCCCCCGCCGACAGUGACUCUGACACGGAGACGCCGGCCAGGCGCAAGGCGCCGGCCGACUCCGGCGACGAGUCGGACACGCGGCCGAGGGGGGGCGACGAGCGGGCGGGAGGCGAGCGGAAGGCCGUCGUGCGGUCAGACAGCGACGACGACGACGACGACCACAAGGAGGACGGCGGCGGCGAGGGGGGGAAGGACGCCCCCGACGUGGCGGGAAGUGACGGAGACGCGCGCGAGGCGCGGAAAACCUCGGACAACAGCGACGACGACGAGCCGCCAGUGAAGAGGAAGAAGGCCGUCCUCUCAGACAGCGACGAAGACGAGCGGGCUGGCAAAGCGGCCGUCAAGAGGAGUCGCGCGGUUUCCGACGACGACUCCGACAGCGACGGCGAGUCGGGCGGGAUCGAUAAGAGCAUGGCGGCCAAGCUCCGAGAGCUCGGCUCGGACAGCGGCAGCGACGACGACGGCGGCGGCGGCGGCGGGCGCGCCGAGGCCGCGGCCGAGGACAAGGACGAGAAGGCGCUCUUUGGGAGCGACAGCGACGACGACGACAACCAGGAGGAGAAAAUGAUCGCAGACAUCUUCGGGGAGUCUGGAGACGAGGACGAGGAAGAGUUCACGGGCUUCAACCAGGAGGACCUGGAGGGCGCAAAGAAGGAGGCCAAGGAGAAGCGGCAGGAGCCGGACGACUCGGACUCCGACGAGGGCGUCCGGCGCAGGGGCCAAGACACCAGCUUCAUGUCCGACUUCGACAUCAUGCUGGCUCGCAAGAAGGCCAUGAGCGGCAAGCGGCGGCGCCACCGAGACGGCGGAACGUUUAUCAGCGACGCCGACGACGUGGUCAGCGCCAUGAUCGCCAAGAUGAACGAGGCCGCGGAGGAAGACAGAACCCUGAACAGUGCCAAGAAGCCGGCGCUGAAGAAGCUCACUCUGCUGCCUCAAGUGGUCAUGCACCUGAAAAAGCAGGACCUGAAGGAGACGUUCAUCGACAGCGGCGUCAUGUCGGCCAUCAAAGAGUGGAUCAGCCCGCUUCCCGACAAAUCGCUGCCGGCGCUCCGGAUCCGAGAGGAGCUGCUCAGGAUCCUGCAGGAACUGCCGAGCGUCAGUCAGGAGACGCUGAAGCACAGCGGGAUCGGCCGCGCCGUCAUGUUCCUGUACAAGCACCCCAAAGAGUCGCGAUCCAACAAAGACCUGGCGCUCAAGCUCAUCAACGAGUGGUCGCGACCCAUCUUCGGCCUGACGUCCGACUACAAGGGGAUGACGCGAGAGGAGCGGCAGCAGCGGGACCUGGACCAGCAGAUGCCUCAGCGCAGGCGACUCAGUUCCGGUGGACAGACUCCCCGCCGGGACCUUGAGAAACAGCUGACGGGAGAGGAGAAAGCGCUGCGACCGGGCGACCCGGGCUUCUGCGCCAGGGCCCGAGUACCGAUGCCCUCCAACAAAGACUACGUCGUGCGGCCCAAAUGGAACGUGGAGAUGGAGUCCAGCAGGGGUUCCGUGAAGAAGGGGAUGUCCCGGGUGGACAAGCAGAUGCGUCGCUUCGCAGACAUCCGCCGCCUCACCAAGACGGGACACGCCGUGAAAAUCAGCGUGGAGGGAAACCGCAUGCCGCUAUAGGAUUGCUUUUCUUUUCUUUACUCUUCUUGAUUUUGUUUGUUUGUUUGUUUGUUUGUUUGGUUGGCGCAGCUCGUCACAAAAGUGAGCGCUCGCUCUGUCGUUUUUAAUUGCCAUCCGUGAAGCCCGGCCGCUCGGUCACACGGUCUCCGUCGAUGUCAUCGGAAGUUCAAAUAUGUCAUCUGCGGUGUUCUAAAAGAUGAGCGUGUCGCAUAGUGGUCUCUCGAAAGAGAUGCCUCAAAUUCAACAGGAAGUCACCAGUGAUGUCACAUCAGGUCUCCUCGACAAGGCUGAUGAUGUCCCAGAUCGUCCAAGGUCCGCUUGGAGAACCUUCGUGUGCUCUGUUCUGGGUCCAGGAUGCUUUUCUUAAUAAAAAAAAAAUAAUAAUAAUAAAAAAACAACAACAACAACUGGCCUCUUUCUGUCACGCAUACGUACAUGACACCGUUGUUAUGAUAAUAUGAUCUGUUCGUGUCUAUCAUGUUAACAUCUGGGAAGACUGAAGAUGAACAGAUUGUUACCAGAACGACGUAUCCGACUUGUUCUUAGACCAGGACAUUUGUAAUGGAGAUUAUUCUCAAUGAGGCUUUCCUGUUCAAACAAACAAACAAACAAACAAAAAAAUACUGUGUGACUGGAAAUUCCCCCAUUGUACCUAAAGUAACCACCCUGAUCCACUGGGUUUAAAAAAAGAACACUGAUAAACGAUCAGUAUAAAAAAAAUCAGUAUAAUACUAACCAAACCUUAUGAUAAGAUGGAUAUUUUAUUUAAAACGCACCAUAAGAAGUUGAGGUUUCCAAUGUGACGUCAUUGUAACGGAAAUCAUUCCCACGACCGGCGAGUGAAAAGUAGAAAAGGAAGCAAUUAGCAACGUACACUUACGUGCUUAGAAAAACACAACAUCAUUCAUGAAGCACAACGGUAAGUUGGAAAUAACUUGUGAAAUAAUGCUUUUGUGCUUCCAACUUGAAGGCUCGAAUACAAAUUGUGGCGGUGGUGUUGUUAGCUAGCACAAGCUAGCUCAAUUCAGUGGAACAUCCGGGUACAAAAUGAUUUGUAUAUCUGCUCCGGACCCCCACGUGAAGAUUAAAAACAAUAAUAAUAAUCACUUAACAGUUCUGCUUGUACUCUUUAUGGUGUGCUCCGAUCAUCUCGACACGCAAGACCAAACACCACCGAUCUCGAAUCUAGUCUUGCAAGACUGAGCAAAAGCCAGGAAGAAGAAACAUAACACAAUAUGUCGGGCGCAUGUUUCGACAAAGGUGUUUUCAUUCCCAGCCGCUUCCUUGUUCCUCAGUCAGGUCAGUCGAACACGCAAAUACAAAAUGAGUACACUCGCAAGGAGCCGCUGUUGGCCACAGUUCAACCCAACUCCAGCGCCUGAUUCCACUCACUAGGCCACGCCCCUUUAAGGCACACAUCCAACAUGCAUACUGCAUAUAUGUCCGGUAAAUACAUGUCACAAAUCCCCUUUUUUUUUUUUUUUAACAUAUUCUCUUUAAUGUGUUGAUACAAUACAGUGCUCUUUUAUUGUAUUAUUUAUUGUUUGGUAGGCAGGAACAGAUUUGGAAACAUUCAUUUUGUGUUUCAAGUAUAACAAAGAUUGAGUUGACUGCUGGACUUCCAGGUUGGCGAUCUUGGCGGCCGCUGAUUGGCUGAGGCCUAGGACAAGAGGCAGUGCUUACUCGGUCACAUUGUCCAAAUGAGCGACGCUGUCAUGCGGUACCUCGAGCGGCCGGAGGUGGCGUUGCCUAGCCUCUUGCGCUUGGAAGGCGUGUCAUCCCGAUCCUGUCCACGGGAGGAAGGCUGAGGCGUCGCCGUGGCAACGCAAUCACGCUGACAGCCACGCAGACGACAACAACACUUCAGCGUGUUCUGACCCGUACCCGUCGGCCGCACGUUUGGCGGCGGCGCCGGCGGAAAGUCGAUCCAACCGGUUCGGCGGCGGCGCGUUCGCCUUCCUCUUGGGCUCCGUCACGCCGUUCUCCGCCUUCGCGCGGCGAUCCGCCCGCAGCGGCUCGAUGCCGCCCGCGCGGGCCGACGAGGCGGGCGCGGACCUCGUGGAGGCGGCGCCGUCUACAUGCUGGAAACGCCAACACAACACGACGCAGAUGGGUGGCAUCAGGCUAGUUGCAAGGUGCGUUUGCGCUUUGUUGGAUUAUUCAUAAUGAGAUAUUUUUGACAUAAAUAUCAAUAUGCACCACUUUUUUUAAGUGUUAAUAUUUUCAAAUGAUCGUUUCUACAACAUUCCUAGGAAAUCACAAUGUCCCAUCACUGGCGCGCAAGUAUUAGAACAGGUCGGCGAGCGCCAUGUUGGAAUUAAUUGUCAUUAAAUAAAAAUUGUUUUUUUAAAUAUAUUUAUAUAUAUAUUUAUAUAUAUAUAUAUAUAUAUAUAUAUAUAUAUAUAUAAAUUCACUUAUUCAUAGAUUUUUUUGGGGGUGGGCAGCGGGGGCGGCGCAUGGGUGUCCCCCGUUUUUUUUGCGGAAACCCCUCGCUUCUGCUAGCGCACGGCAAAUUGACACCACAGCGGUCAUGCCUUCUGUCUCUGAUAGGUUGUUGUUCUCCGGGCGCAGUGGUUUCCCUGCAAACUCUGACUAUAAUUAUCUUGCUAGCGUGCGCGCGUGUGUUUUCCAACCUGUUGCGGUAGCGGGAGCCGGCGGCCGUCGCGCUGGGCCACGUUGACGGACAGCAGACAGAUGACGAGCAGCGAGCCGCACACGCGCAUCUGUGAGCGAGCGCACAACCGUCACUCUUCACACCUAGCGCCUGCCUGUUAGCAUAUUAGCCUACGAACACAUUUGCGCUGCAUGCUAACACCUGGAGCAGAAUCCACGCACGCACGCACACACACACACAGAGUCCACUUUUAGCUCUGCUGACGGGGAUGAGUAUUGUCCAGCAACAUCCGGCUAAUUUUAGCAUUUUCCAUCCCCGCAAAUAAACGCCUUUUGACUGUCCAAAAAAACGAGACACCCCCCCACCCGAGGCACACACGCACGCACGCACGCACGCACGCACACACAUGGGCAAAGACACAUGCCGGCAACAUCAAACACAAUUCUUGAUGACGCACAAGUUACACACACACAAGUCAAUUGUUCCAUUCACAAAAAUGCGCCGGUCUUGCCAGACUUUCAUCUUCAACAUCAGCCAAACUUUAUGAAAGAUGUUAAGUAAGUUUUGUAUGAAGAGUGACAUUCAAAUUUACACUGGGGAAAAGCAAAACUUUGAAUUGACUGAACUGGAACACUGUUCAUCACUUGCACAGGAUUCAAAUCAUUUCGAGUGAUGUUAUUGGAUUACUUUGGAGGGAAUAGGGGCAACAUUUUGUCGUCAUCUUGCAAACACUUCAAUCACGUGCAACCGAAAAGUUAAAAUACACGUUAUGAGACUGGGGAAGACGUUCUUCUUCUUUUUUCAAAAAACGUCCGGGUAUGGCAAAAGACAAUCUCCGCUCAAUUGCCUUACAUGGGUAAAGAAAGGUUCAAGACAAAUAAUAUAGUUUGUGUAUUUUCUUGCGUAAAAUGAUUACGUGACAUGAAGAGACACGUGCUGAGUGACACCCGUGUCCGCGCUUCAGGAGAAGUUCCGAAUAUUGUUAUGAAUAUGGAAACAACACCAACACGCCGACAUCAAAUCAUGCAGAAAAACUGCGAGGAUUUGUGUCUAAAAAUGGUCAAAUGUCAACUGGCAUUUGCAAAAUCGUUGCUCCGAUCAACGAACAGCGCAAGUCUUGUUGAAACGACAUCAAAGUCGAGCGAUCAAACUGAAUUGAAAAGACAAAAAGCGGAACGGCACACGCAGAGACAGACGCGCGCGCGCGCGCACGUGUCUUACCUCCAGCGUGUCGUCCGUUGUGUCGCCGCCUGCGGACUCCACGUCAGGUUUUAUAGCAGCCGCCCGCCCGUCCUCCCUCGUGACCUCGCUUCCUGUGCGGGCGUCACUUAGCCUGAACUGCAACCGCAGCUUUCCUCCCUCGUCUCCUUUCCUUUCCCUCGUGUCCUCGUCCCCUCCGACUUUGAAGACUACGAUGACGCUCGCGCAUCCAAAGCACGAACUCCUCCGGCAUCGAUCGACCUGAGCCGAAGCAGCUGUGAGGAUUUGGUUGGGUUUGCUUUGGUUUUAUCAACCGAAAGCGCAAAAGUCAGAUUAUUAUUGCUGUCGUAGAUUUUCAGGACUUCGGUCACUGAUUUGACAGCGCGGCAUCCCGUGAGGGCCGAGUUUCAAAACAAUGUUUUUUGAACUCAUUUUCAUGAAUGUAUUGAUUCAAGCUGCGACAAUCGAUCCAUUAACGACGAACGGCUUAUCAAAUGAAUCAACGACUGUUUUGAUCAUCGAUUACGGGUAAUCGUUUAGAGAGCUCGUCGAACUGCAAAUUGUCCAAAUGGUCGCAAAUCUCAACAGUAAAUUUCUCUCGUCCUCCACGUUUGCAGGCUGAUUAUCUUUUGUGUUGAAUCUAAAGAAGUCUUGUGCUAACAUCUUCGUUUACUUUGGAAAACAAAGAUCGAUAUUUUUGCCGAUCUUCGGACGGAUGUUACGGACCAAAACCACAAACUGAAUCGUCGUCAAUUUGUUUGUGUGUAUUUUUCACUGUCAAUUUUCACUGCCGAAACGUAUUUGCCGAAAAUAGCCCACAAGUGCAUUAUUUUUGACUUUUUGGGUGAAAAUAAAAUGUCACAUCGCUGGCACGUGCGAGUUACGAGUUACGAGUUACAGCGUGACGAAUCAUUUACGAUUAAAGUGGCACUCAGCAGAUAGCCGUGUUUUGUUUCUAAAUACGUUCAAUAUGUUUGAAGAUAAGUGCCGAAAACAUGUGACAUAACACAAGACCUCGAACAAUAUACGUACCGCUAAAUUGUUGAGCUCCGGCAUUAGCAUCUUUUUCACCGUUUGAAUUUUCCUGAUUUUGUGACAUCACGGGGCCGGCCGGCGCGUAUACUUUCUCGCGCGACUUCGUCAUGUCGUUUCGCCGCCUAGCUUCCAUGACGAGGCCCUUUUACCAUUCGGGCGUGCAGCGAGCGAGCUAACGAUGGCUACGCCCGAAAACGCGCCUUCUCCGGAUGCGUCACUCGACUGGACUUUUUUGAAGCUCCCAAAAAAACGAGGAAAUAAAAAAGUGAUGCAUUGACAAAAUCGCGUCCGUUUGAAAGACACACGCGUCUUUCAAACGGACGCGAUUUUGGUUUGUUUGUGUCGCCACGGGCACCGUGCCACCCCCCCGGGGGGCCCGGCGACCUCCGUCUCCUCGUCUCGCUCGCCCACAUUGAGAAAACACACCUGCGCUAUUAAUAGCAGCUAACGCGCCAGUAAUGACGGAAAUAACCGGGCGGCUAAUUGGCGACGACCUUCUCGGGUCGCGCCGAUGUCCUUCCACGCCGCACCGCGCUUUUCCUCCCUGGUGCUUUCCUGAAUGCAUUCAUAUCAGUUUCCAAUUUGCGCACACGCACACACGCACACACGCACACACCCGUUGCUCCUUUCCAAGAAGUGAUGUGGGCUCUGACUAAUACCUGGGAAAGAGUGCGUCACCUCAGCUUGUUCCUAACGAAGCCACUUUGCUCGGCAGGUUCCGCUUCCGCACCGUGAGCCAGUGGAGAAAGAAAAUGAUUCAGCUCCGUGUCAGAAAUUUGGAGCCCCGGACUUCUUGUGGCUCUGCACACGCAGAACUUUUUUGUGGUCCCGUUCCGGUUUGUAACUCUUAAAUCCGAUGUAAACUCAACAAUCUGUGGUUUUGAACUAAUUCCUCUUCUACCUUAACGCUCUAGUGUGGUUCUGACUUCAAUCCAAUCAACUCUCUGCUUCUGAGGUCCCUGGAACCUCACCUAUCUGUGGUCCUGAUCCAAUCCCCUCGAACGUCAACAAUCCCUGGUUGUGAACUAAAUGCCUCUUAACCUUACCUUGUGGUUCUGACUUCGAUCCCCUUCAACCAUCUGUGGUUCUGACUUACAGUGGGUACGGAAAGUAUUCAGACCCCCUUAAAUUGAAAUUGAAUCACGAGGUUCUGAACAUAACAGCGAUAACAGCCCCUACCCGCCAUUGAGGACUCGCACGCUGCCAGAACUGAGACAAGGGCGUGCAAAAUCCUCUCGGACCCUCCGCGCCCCGGUCACCGGCUCUUCCGGCUCCUUCCCUCAGGUCGGCGCUACCGAUCAACGCAAACUAGAACUAGUAGACAUUCCGACAGCUUCUUCCCUCUUGCCAUCGACGUCUUCAACACCUAACCUCAAAUUCCGUUACGACCAGCUGGCAAUUAUUUGACGUGAGUUGGUUGCCACAUUUCUGUGGGGCCAACGAUGUAGGACUCGUGCACUCGCUGUCGUCGUCUCGCCACGCUGCACUAUUUGCAUAUACCGGCCGCUCGUGCCAGAGUCGCAUCUGCUCCAUUUGCACACGGAUUGAGGAGCGUCUGCAACAUUUGCACAACCGACAUCGUCCCAGAUGAUCGCGCGACUCGUCACUUUAAACCGCAUCCGCUCCUUGAAGUCUCGGCGCCCUUUGCGCAACGGUCAUUGCGCCGGACUAUUGCAAUAUUCGUCGUUCGAACUGCUCUAAGUGCUGGAGGACUCUGCAUCUUUUUGCACAAUUGUUUUUUUGUCAAUGUCUUUCUGUCCCCAAAGUGUUCUGUCAAUUGACCGUCUGUCGUAGUCGAGCGGCUCCGACGACCGGAGACAAAUUCCUUGUGUGUUUUGGACAUACUUGGCAA